CAACACAACACAACACAAACAGUAGGAGGACGAGGAGAGGAAGGUUUGCCGUUUUUUCGCUGCCGUUGCUACUGCUGCUUACUGCUGCUGUUGCUGUCGCCGCCGUCGCCGCUGUCGCUGUCACCGCUGCUGUUGGUUAUGGCGACAAGUAGCUCCGAUGGCUCCUGCACCGCGCCCGCGGAUUUUCAGCUCUCGUCCGAGCUGGAGGACGCUUCGAGUCGCCUGAGCAUGAAUCUGCUCAAGUGCCCGUUGUGUCAUAACAGCCGUCGGAUUUUUUACUGCCGUCAGUGCAUCCAGAAUGGGGAUUUUAUACACUCGAACACCGUCUACUCGGAACGGUUUGCGGAUAAACAGAUGCGGCUGGUACGGCUGAAGGCUGCUAGAGCCCAGUUAGAGGAGAAGUGCAUAAAGGCUCUUGAGAGGCACAAGCAAAAGGAUAAAUUGAUUUGUGAUAUAAAUACAUGUAAAGAAAGAGUGAGACUACUUCAGUCUCUAGUAAAUGAAACAAGGCAAAGUAUCAGUAGAGGUAAUCAACGUUUGAAUGUUUUGAAGGAUAUCAAUUCUCAGUUGACUCUUCGAGUGCCACGACACGAGGAUAGAAUAGAGAAAUUGCAUCGCUAUGUUAAUGAUUUAAAAGUUAAGCAGGAGAAACAGAAAGAAGCCAUGGAAAGAAAAAGGGAGCAACUGAAGAAAGUUAUCAGGACUGCUGCCAAGCAGUUGAUUCACUACAUUUUUCCCUUAUCUAAGGUUCAACCAAAUAGGAGUUUGUGCAGCAGCGAGGACAGCGACAGUGCCACUUCGGAUAUUACUACGGUUACUAGCGCAUUAGCGGAUGCAUCAGGUACAUCAUAUGUACGAGGUAGAUGGAUCAGCGAGAAGGAAAGUUCUUUGGAAAUUCAUCAUUGCAUAGUUGAACCAACGUUACCAGCAACAGGAGACUAUAGCGCUUAUUCCCUUUGGGUUGCAGCAAAUAAAGAUGGAGUGCCAGGUGCAAACAAAGAAAACGCGAUGCACAAUCCGGCGUAUAAUAUUAGUGCUGCUUUGACAUACGCUACACAAUUGGUUAAUGUUCUUGCCUAUUAUGUUAAUGUAAAACUACCGUACAAACUUGCUUGUGGAGAGUUUUGCGGAAAUGAAUUGUCGGACCAAAAAUUUGCUAGGAAAGUAGCGAGGCUAAAUAGUAAUGUAUUACAUUUGUGUCUUACGCAAAAUACUAAAAUAGAAGUUUUACAUCCAAUGCAUACAUUGCAAAACCUGAUGCAUUUGCUCAAUACUGAAAUUAGUGAUCUCGGAAGAAUUGGACCAAUGGAAGUCGAUCCGUCUGUAAUAGCGCAACUUCACAAUCAAUUAGUUCCCGAUUUGGAAAAUAGCGAUGAUUCAGCUUCCGAUGAGGAAGAUGUAUGCUGGGGGUGGGAAGCUGUAAGUCAUACUUCCGUAUCGAGUAUCACUUGCCCUGAAAUGGCGGUACCUUCUUCUGGAACGAUGAUUAGUCAACAAUCUUCUAGCAUGCAAGUGCAUCAGAGUGUCGCCGGUGGUUUGGUAACGAGUGCAGCAGCGAGUAUCGCCUCGAUUUGGCGAGGUUUGACUAAUAAAUAAUUUUUUCCUCUUGACCAACAAAUUUCCUUCGAUAUAUAGACACAUUCAUCAUAUGUUUCAAGUUCUUGAGGAGGAGGGUUUCCACUUCAAAGAGUGGAAACUUGGGGAAAGAUGCUUCGAAGUAAAAAUAUUUAUAUAUAUUAAUAUUUAUGUACUGUGAAAACACGAAUGUGAUUUAAAAUCAACAUGUAAAUAUGUGACUUUCUUAACUUACACGCGACAUUCAAAGUAGUUCAAAUAUGCUGUGACAGAUUUCGUUAGAUCUGAUGUCUAACUUAGGUCGAAUUAAAAAUAACUAGAGAAGGAUUAAUAAAAACUGGCUGUUUAAUAAAUAUUUAGACAUUUUAUAUUUCAAUUACAUCACGAAAAUAAUAGAUUAGAUUGUCAUAUAUUAAAAUAUAUAUCAAUGGUCUACAAAACAAAACGUAUACUAAUUAGCACAGAUGUAUACUGAUAUAGAAUUUGUUAUGGUAGAACAUAUAAAUGUGCAAUGACUGCCUUUUCUAUGCUCAUCACAUUUAAUACGAUUACAUAUCCACACAAAUGAGAUAUGCUUCCCUCUAUUAACAAAUUAAUUCUCUCUACUAAAUAUUUUAUUAAUAUAUUUUAUACUACGAGACUUGAUUAAUGCAGAAUUAAUAUUAUAAUCUGAUCGUAUAAAAAUCCUUAAGCAUAUCUUGAGAUUGUAAUUAAUAUUUUGCUAUUUUUGCUAUUUAUUUGCUGUACUAAAUGUGCUGAAAUAUUUUAGUAAAACUGGAGAAAGUGCAUACAUUUAUAUUACUUAUUAUGUGAGACUAUCAUAUAACAUUAUACAUUUUUUACUAUAGCAUAAAAAUAGAAUUUAUUAAACAUUUCAUACUUAAUAAUAUAAGGAAAAAGUAUUGUAAAAAUACAUUAUGUUAACUAAUUUGAUUAUAUUACAUAUAUUAAAAGAGAGCAUUGAUAAAUACUAUUGUAGUCAUUGUAGAAUAUAUGAUCAUCCAUAAGAAAUUAGUACAGUUUUACAAAGUAGAUGACUAAUAUCAUAUAGUUUUCUAAGUUAAAUGUCCAGUCAUACUAUAAUAAUCCUAUUUUAUUUUUGUACAAUGCAUUAAACUUCAUAUUUUUUAGAUUAAAAAGUAACUUGCCCCUGGUCUGAUGUCGUAAAAGCUAGGAUAAUUAAUAAUUUGUUGACAAUUAUAAAGUUAACAUAAAUGGCGUAAUAUAUUCCAUAAUUAUUUGAUAAAAAUGCUUUCUGUGAAACAUUGAAAUUUCUUAUGAUUUUUUUUAACACAAAGAAUAAACCACGAAAAAACAUAUAUUAUGGGUAGAUAAAUAGAUUUAUUAUGACAAUGCAUAAUUUUUUAUGCAUGUAUGCAAUUUUCUUAAUAAUGUUACAAUGUUUUAUAAACAUAUGACAGGUAGGAAAAGAAUUUUACACGAAUAGACACAAAUUACAAUAUUAAAUUGUUAACAAACAUAAAUCUACGCGCACACACGUGUGUGUGUGUGUGUGUGUGUGUGUGUGUGUGUGUGUGUGUGUGCGUGCGUGCGUGCGUGCGUGCGUGCGUGCGUGCGUGCGUGCGUGCGCGCGCGCGCGCACGUGUGUGAUUUAGCACAAUUGUAUAUCUUACUUAAUAACAUCUAUAUAUGUACAUGUGUAGUUAUUUUGACGUGAUUGCUGUUCAUAGCGUUAAAACAGACGUUACCAAUACACUUCAAAUUAUUUAAGUUGGAAUAUAAAUGGCCAAUUUGAAUUACAAAACGCAACAAUUUAAAUCAUACCUUUAGAAAUGUACAACACUAAAAUAUAUGAAUUAGCGUAAAUAUUUCAUACUCACAUGUGUGCAUGGAUGGGCGAAUAUAGUUUUUAUCUUUACCUAUCAUAAAAUAUGGCUAUGUUUUAUCUGAACAAAGAUGCAUUGUGAUACCUUGAAUAAAUUAGGAUGUUUUUUUAUUGUUACUGCUAUAUUUAGAUAAUAUCAAUAAGAAAAUCGCAUACUUUUUAAAUAUGUCACUAACAGUAUGCCCAUAUACCAUUUUAGAUCUUUUGUAUCAUCUUCAAUAUUUUGGAAUAAACGUGUAAAAA